UGGCGAAAUAGGAAAUCUUUGAUACCUCGUAUACCUUUCAGUACAGCUCGGGCCUUCGUACUGAGCGCACAUAUAGUAUGGAGGCGAUUUUGUCUCGGAAACUUUAAAUACGAACACGUAAAGGUGAAUUUUAAUUACGGUUAAUAAUGUAGUCGGUUAUUUUGAAACUCUUGUGUUUGCGUGUUACUCAGCAUGUGAUUAUUUGAAGUAAUUAGUGAUGGCGAAUGAUUCAUUAACUAGCUGUUAAAUGAAUAUGAAAUUAUAGAUAACCUGCUUGGCGGGUAGGAUGCAGCGGCAUGCUCUUCGCCGCAUUUCUUAUGGCUCUCCUCACAAGGGCGACUGCCCCGACCACUCUCAUAACGGAGGUUCCCGGAACUGACGCCAUCAACAUUACCGCACCCCCGACAGUGUUUCGCUUGUUAAUUAACAAAUCACUGCCGUCAACUCGCCGGAAAUCUGAUUCACCAAUGCUCAACUACAUAUUUGAUUCGUACGCUACUAGCAAUAAACACUUCCAUGACAAAUUCAAAGCACCCUCGUUUGAUGGAGACAUGAAUUCGGACACAAUUAUAAAUGCAGACACCGGCUCCACGAUUCUUUUUGAUUGUAAAGUGUCAUCGCUGAGAGAUAUAACGGUAUCUUGGCUACGUGUGUCGGAUGACGAAAACUUGGAAUUACUGACUUUGAACCUUAACACAUACACUGCAGAUUCUAGGUACAGAGUGGAUUUGGCUGGCGAAAACUGGAAGCUCACCCUAAUAGAUGCAAAACUUCAUGAUUCUGGAAUCUACUGUUGCCAUGUGUCCACACAUCCGCCAAUGUUGAAGCGAUUCAAAUUAAUUGUACAUCCGCCUGAAAUAAGAAUGAGCAAGGAGGCUUUCCUUGAAACAGGGGAGACGCUAUCGCUUAAAUGUUCCGUAUUGCAUUUAAGCACAGGGGAGGCAGAGCCAGAGUUACGCUGGUACCGAGAAAAUAACAAUUUGUCACUAGAUGAGAUCAGAGGAGGUGUUUCAGUGGAAACGGACCAUUUGACGCUAACUAGCCACUUACAAGUUGCUCGACUCAGGUUGGAAGACGCGGGAAACUACACCUGCGCUCUGGAAGCUCCUCUGCAAAUGAAGACAAUCACAAGAGUACACGUUCUUCAAGGUUCCAGUUUAGGCGAGCUACAAAGCGGAGUCAAAACCACAACAAGCUACGUCGGCCUCCUAUUACCCAGCUUUAUCAUCCUGGGGACCCGACACGGUGAUAUAAGGUGACCUGAUUAGACAUAGAACACCUGGAAGGAACGAAUGAAUUUUUAUGGGAACAAGUUAUUGUAAGAUGUGAUUACCCGGUUUGGAGUUUGGACUGAGAGUGUAGAUUUAAGUUAUAUUAUAACUUAAUGUCUGUGUAACUUUGCAUCGUGUUAAGUUUAAUUUUAAUUAAAAAAAAUAUUGAAAUAGGCGUUACUUUGCCUUGUUGUUCGCACGAGACAUGUCUCGUCGCGAGAUAUGUCUCGUGCCAGAUUUUGGCGAGACAACACGUUCUGAGGAUGCCUCGUGUAGAGGCAAAACACGUGUCGAAUUGUUUAAAGACAAAUAUUGGCGUAAUUAACACUAAAGAAAACUCAAAUCAUUUUAAUAUUUCAUUUAAUCGUCAUUUUUAGACGAGGCUUGUUUGUUGUUAGUUGACGAGUUGUUAUUUGUGACACCAAAAUAUAUUUUAUUUUUAAUAAAACUUUAGUAAUCUGUUUGUAACGUCAAAUUAAUAUUACUGAAUGUACUGGAAUUUUAAACUUUUCUUUUAUAUAACUAUUUCUCAAUUACGGUUCGACAUAAAAUAUUUAAACCGAAUGAAUGAUUCAUUGGUCAAAAUAUGAUUUGACAGUUCGAUUUAAAAGAGAGAAAUAAAAUCGGUGUGGGCGGAUUGAUAUAAAUGGUCGUUUUCACGGUGGGCGAUAACGUUCACAAAACGAUAUCGUAAGACUGAGAGUUUAAUACGUUUUCUUACGUACGAUUUACGAAUUCACGAUGUAUCGGUAUCGCCACGUAUCUAUUCACUGACAGUGAUAUUGUACCGAUAUCGGUGAACGAUACAGUGCGAGUCGUUCGCAUAUUAUGGAAGUAUACAUACAAAAAAAUUAGGCUUCAAAUAUCGCACAGUUUUUAGGUUUUUGUUGGCACAACGCAUAGCGAUAUCGCUGUGGUUGGAGCUAACGAUAUACAAGCGUAUGUUUAUACCAAUGUGAAAACGACCAUUCUCGUUUAAGCGGGGUUUUCACUAUGCGAAUUCAUUCGGAUGACUAUUCGAACUAGCAAACAAGUGAUCCAAUCGCACGGUCAAUGGUCUCUUUGGUCGAAGUGAACUCGAACGUCCGAAUCGGAGGAUUUUAUGUGGUGUCAUUGUAUUUUGCCUUAAGAUUUUAGAGUUUGCUUUUAGGUAUAUUAAAAACAUUUAAUUAACUGUCUCAUCCACUGUUAUUAAGUUGAAGUUUAAGUCUUCAAGUGUGAUUGGGGGGGCUUUGAUUUAUGUUCUGAUUUAUAAAAAAUACCCUUUAACGAUUUACUUUAGCCAUUAACUAAAUAAGUUAUUGUUAUAUUUAUCGUGUAUGAAGAUAUACAUUACUCGGAUUGCGGACUCCGAUGUGCGUAAACCAGAAUCCGAGUCUGGUCCGAGUGUUCGCGGAUAGUGAAAACCCCGCUUUAUACCUCUUUAUAUAAUUUUAAAUAUUCCUUAUAAAUUCAUAGCUAAUAUAAUGAUAGUCCGUCCUUGGCAGAAUACUAUCCAAACCUAAUUGCGGGUCUAAACAUGAUGUCACGGUGCAAGAAAUUGUAACUAAAAUGGUCAUUCCAGGUCUUAUUAAAAAUAAACUAGUUAAUACAAUUAUUAAUAAUGUAUAAAUUAUGAAUAUUAUGUACUUGCAUAUCUAGUAGACAUAUCUAUGGUAAGAAUAAUAUGAAUAAAUAAAAUAAUAAGUGUUAUGUUUGUAUAGAAGAAAAAUAUGUUAAGAAUUAUUCGGUGUUUAUAUAAUAAGUAGUCCCACAUAUCAAAUAGCGUCAACAUAAAAAAUAAACAAUAUAAUAUUAAAUAUUAUGUUGUAAAAUUAAAUAACGAAACACAUGAUAAAAUACAAACUAAACCAAGUUAUCUUUUAUUACAAAUUCUUAUUUUUUACUUCUGGGAUCAAUUAUAAAAAUAAAAUUUAAAAACAAAAUUUAUGAACGAUGUGGGACUCGAAUCCGAACCUCCUGCGUUCCGUGCAAGCGCUCUUCCAACUGAGACAACCGUUCGAGUAACGUAUCGUUGAUAAAUCUUGCAUGUCUUGUUCAACACUCAGGUUGUGGCUCAAUCUACAGGACUCAAUCUACUUUACAGUUGAUAACCUGCUCAAUCCCAAUAUUUGCAUAUUAGGAAAUUGACUUGAGAUGUCGCUCUUUCAAGUCUAAAUAAUUUGUUUCUUUUUUAAAGUGAUAACCAUCACUUCUGGUAUUAGCUACACAAAUAAAACUUGAAAAUAAAAUUUAUGAAUGAUGCCGGACUCGAAACCGCGACCUCUCGCGUUCAUUGCAUUUCAUGUUGUUGGUCAGUAUAUGGUAUAUGCAAAUUGUCAGACAAGAUUAUUGAGAAGCAUAACACGAAAUAAUUCUGCUAUUUUUCUGUAUAAAAAACAGUAUAUUAUUCAUGUCUUUUACUCAUUCUUAAUUAGUACCACAAAUACUUGAUGCCGAAAAUAAUUCGUCUUUCUUUUCCUAAUUUAUAACCGUAACCACGAUUGGUUGGUUAGAAAUAUUGGCUUCAAAUAAAUAAAACAUAUAUCGUGAAUACCUGGAAUAAUUUUAAACUAUGCUAACACAGACUACAAGUACCUUGCUGUAGAACUACAUUAUUUCAGAGAAACUGUUUGUGUAUGUGCAUAAAAAUCUAUAAUCAUAUUCCAAAAAUAAUAAGAGAGGUAUCGUCAAAUAGGAAGUUCUCAUCUAAAUUGAAAAUAUACCUCAGUAAAAACUGCUUAUAUUCAUUAGACGAAUAUUUUCAACUAAAAACUUGACUAUAUACUACACUGGCCUGCAAAAGUAAGUAUCACACUUUUCAAAUUAAUUUUUUUUCUUAACUAUAGAAGGUAGAGAUUUAAGAUUAAAAACGUUUUGUUGCAAAUUUUAUAGGCUUUAAUUCUUAGAAACUAAAAUUAUACAUUAGUAACAUUUUUAACUUAAAAAAGAUAAAACAAUGAAAAUAGACAUUUUUAGUUUAGUGUAAAAAAUUCAACUAAAAUGUAUUACAUGUUAUUUAAUUUUUAAUAACUGGUAUUGCCUCCUAGAGCUCUGAUUACAGCUUCGAGCCGGUUUGGCAUACUGAACAAUAGGUUUCGGAGCCGAUGUUGGGGAAUAUUCUCCCAUUCUUCUACCAGGGCCUGCUUUAGUGCCCUGAGGGUAGUAGGUGGUGGUCUGCGAUUUCUGACUAGCCUCCCAAGCUCAUCCCACGCGUCUUCAAUCGGGUUGAGAUCAGGACUUCUUGAUGGCCAAGCCAUCACGCUGAUACCGACCUCCUGAAUAUACUCUUGUACGAUAUGAGCCGUGUGUGGCCGGGCAUUAUCAUGCAUCAGCAUCGAUCCAUCACCCAUAUUUGCUUAAUACGGCCCUGCAUACUCAUUGAGAAUCUCUUGAGCAUAUCUUUGCCCAGUGAGGGUGCCAUUUUCUAUGGCUACUAGCUCUGUGCGACCUUUUGAAGAUAUGCCAGCCCAUACAUGUACACUGCCUCCACCGUAUUGGACUCUUUCUGAGAUGCAGUCUUGAAGGUAUCGCUCACCAGGUCGCCUGUAAACACUUCGCCUUCCAUCAGAAGUGUAAAGGGAGAAUCGAGACUAAUCUGCAAACAAAAUUCUUGACCAUUCUUCUUCAUCCCACUGCAUGUGUUCACGGGCGUAUCGCAGUCUCGCUACUCGAUGCUGUCUCUCGAGUUUUGGGCCACUCGCUGGUCUUCGGGGUUUCAAAUUUGCUUCAGCAAGUCUUCUUCUCACUGUACUGUCAGUAAUGUAGUCCCUCCGGGUCUGAAGUAGCUGUUGCUGGACUUCAACUGCAUUUUGGCGGCGAUUUCUUAACACAGUGGAAAUAAUAUAACGAUCUUCUUGGGCACUGGUACACCUGGGUCUGCCAUUACAAGAUCUCCUCAGAUGGUGUCCAGUCUCUUCGUACCUUCGCUUUAUCUUCUGGACCGUUCGUACGGUCACAUCCACCAUUCUUGCAGUGCGACUCAUACUGAUGCCUAGUUCCAGAAAAGCGAUGAUCCUAGCACAUUCUUCAACUGAAAGAGGCAUGAUAAAUAAAUGUUAUGUGCUGUUUAGCAUAAAUUUUUAAAACAAGACCCAUCGAUCUUGAAAAAAAUUUAAAACAGAAAGAAAAAUGUGAAUGGUAAAAUUGUAAUUCGGAAACGUCCACUUUGAAAAAGGAAUGGUUUUGUUUUUGAAGUUUUUUUUCAGCCAAUUCUUAAAAGAAGGUUACCGACUAUAAAGUUUUUAUGUACAAAAUUAAAUUCUCUUUGGAGUCCUUUUAAUUUCGAAAGUAUAUCUUGUGAACUUAAAACGUUAUCCCAAUUUUAAAAGUGUGUUACUUACUUUUGAAGGCCAGUGUAUAUAAUACUGCUACUUAUCUUUUGU